AUGGUAUCUACGGUCCGUCAACCAAACCAGCUGCUCGUCUACUCGGCGCCGACGGAAGUACCCUACUUACCGAGAAAACACAAAUCCUACGGCUAUGUGCCGAGCACUUCAGAGACGUCCUCAACCGCCCCGCCACCAUCUCAGACGCCGCCAUCGUCCGUCUGUCUCAAAUGGAGACCAACGCCGACCUAGACCACCAGUCUUCUCUCCACGAAACCAUCAGGACCGUGCAGCACCUGUCCAUCAGGAAAGCGCCCGGAUCGGACGCGAUCCCUGCUGAGAUCUACAAGCACGGUGGCCCCCAACUCAUGGAUUAUCUGACGACGCUUUUCCAGAUGUGGCGUCAAGGCGAAGUCCCACGGGAUUUCAAGGAUGCCGCAAUCGUCCACCUCUACAAGCGGAAAGGGAACCGCCAAAUCUGAGACAACCACCGAGGUAUUUCCUUGCUGAACAUCGCUAGGAAAAUCUUCACUCGCAACCCUUUCAACUGCCUGAACAACCAUCUGCAACAGGGUCUCCUGCCAGAAAACCAGUACGGCUUCCGCCGUCUUCGUGUGACCCCGGACAUCCUCUUUACCUCCCGUCAACUGCAGGAGAAGUGUCAGGAGAUGCGGACCCACCUGUACUCUACCUUCAUGACUCUGACGAAAGCCUUCGACACGGUGGGUCGCGAAGAACUGCGGAAAAUCAUGCAGAAAUUCAACCGUCCCGAACGAUUCACUCAUAUGGUGCGUCAGCUGCACAGUGACAUGAUGGCGCAAGUCACGGACAAUGGAGCUGUCUCAGUGGGAUUUGCAGUGACCAGCGGAGUGAAGCAUGGCUGCGUCUCCGCGCCUACCCUCUCCAGUCUCAUGUUCUCUGCUAUGCUGAUAGACGCCUACCGUGACUGA